UAUGGUUCUAGGAGCCUCAACGUCUCUCUUUCUAAGCCAGGACUGCAGACAGUAAGGAAUUGGAAAAGCCGCAAGGCCCUCAGGCGCCAUUAAUGCAAACCUGAAGCUUCUUUGUCACAGGCUUCCAGAGAGAGAUGAAAGUGACUGAGUUUCUAUCUCCUAUUGGAAAAUGUAGGGCCUGUGGCUCCAAACUGCUUAAGGUUCUCUGAGCUGAAGGGGAAAAGGCUCAGAGAAUUACAGAGGACAGAAUGAGGGAUGAGAGACAAGUGGAGCCAUUAGCCUGAAGGACAAGCGUUUAGAGCCGGAUAUGCUUCUCUCUACCUACUUUCCAACUUCAGGCUGCUAUGAAGCCCCGGAAACUCUGGCCAUCCCAUUUCAGGCCCCAGAGACAUCGGUUCCAGGGUGUGGAGCUUCCCUCCCCAACCUCCGCAACGGGGCAGCCACCAAGACUAGCUGAAAACCAAGAGCGAGUCCUUUCAUUAACUUUUCCCCUGAGCUUCAUCUGCCCCAACUACCAGCCAGAACACAAAAGCUCCCUGUCUGAUUGGAGUUUUAUACUUAGCGAACAGCCAACCCCAUUGCCCGGGGAACCUCUUCAGGGGUCUCCAGGUCUCUUUUACUCUUUAUACCUCAUAGCUGCCUCCCUAAGACAGGGAAUUUCUCCAGAAGGCCCAAGGCCACCAGCCAGCAGAAUUAAGUGUUAUUCUAGUGCUUACUCAGGCCUAGCAACAUCAUGCUCCCAGAAUGGCAGUGACAACACUCAUCACCCCAGGGGCACACAGUAGGUGCCGGGCUACUGAAGCAGGAGACCUUAUGACACAAGAAAGCAAUGCAAAUUUAAUUCCAGCAUUGAGAACAAAGGCAGUUCCUGCAGAAACAUCACUGCUGCCAGGAAGCCUAAAUCUGGAAGCAAUUAGGCAGUGCCCCAGGGUAGGCUCCAAUUUUUCAGAAGGUCAGGCUCUAGGGUCUCCUGGGCCCACAAGUGAGGCUCCUUUGCCCACAGCAACCUGGCCCAUCCCUGUAGGGAGAACUAUUUCUAGAGCCCUUUGAGAAUGUUCAGAGCACGGACAGGUUGAAGAUUGUCUUCACAUGAGCAGAGAGGCCUCUCCUGGGCGAAGCUGUCUCUGUCUCUGAGGCUAAGUGAAUCGCUCUUUCUCCUCUGGCCCACAGUCCUCUGCACCGUCCCACCCUGGACGCAGCACACUGUGCGGCCACUGCCUUAUUUGUCUGUCCGCCCCCUUUGCACAGACUGUGGGCUCCCAGAGAGCCAGGCUACGUUCUUGUGCCCCCGGCAGAGUGCACUGAAGCAGGAGCUGCGAUGCUGAAGGCAGCUCCCACACCUGCUGCUCUCUGUGCGGGGGACGUCAGCGCAGAGGGCGCCACCUGGCCGGGCCCAAGCGCUGCCGGUUGAAUUAGUCUCCACAUCCCGGGCCUCCCCGGCGCCAGGGGGCGCUAUAGACGCUCCGCCCGGGCCCCCGCGGCCGCAGUUGCCCGCCCCACGCGAGCGAUGGGCUCCGAGGCGGCGCAGCUGCUGGAGGCUGCCGACUUCGCGGCUCGCAAGCACCGGCAGCAGCGGCGGAAGGACCCCGAAGGGACCCCCUACAUCAACCACCCCAUCGGUGGGCGCGCCUGCCCGAGAGCAACCGCCGCGGCGCCUGGGGGGUGGGGCCGGGAAGGACCCGCGGAGGGCGUGCACCUGAGCACCUGCCUGUACCGGCUUUGUGCGGGGUUCCGAGUAAGCCUCACACAAGCCGGGGCAGCAGGCGCGACUGUUCCCUUUGUACGGUCGACACCUACAGAGGGUGUGGCUCGCAUCCUGACCCACGAGGCGGGAAUCACCGACAUUGCGGUGUUGCAGGCGGCCCUGCUCCAUGACACGGUGGAGGACACAGACACCACCCUGGAUGAGGUGGAGCUGCACUUUGGGGCCCAAGUGCGGCGCCUGGUGGAGGAGGUGACAGACGACAAGACCCUGCCCAAGAUGGAGAGGAAGCGGCUGCAGGUGGAACAGGCGCCUCACAGCAGCCCCGGGGCUAAACUGGUGAAGCUGGCAGACAAGCUGUACAAUCUGAGGGACCUGAAUCGCUGCACCCCCGAGGGAUGGUCAGAACAUCGAGUCCAGGAAUACUUCGAGUGGGCAGCGCAGGUAGUGAAGGGGCUUCAGGGAACAAACCGGCAACUGGAAGAGGCUCUAAAGCAUCUGUUCAAGGAGCGGGGGCUAGCACUCUGAGAGUGCUGGGAGCCAUGGGUGGCACAACUCCAGCCGUCCCCAGGCGGGACAGGAUUUUCUGUGCCUCCGGAGCUCCCUCCCUUUUUCCUUUAACCCAGAUAUCAGAGGCCCAAAACACCUGUGUUUUCUCACGCUGAAGGCCACCUGCCAACCAAGCUGAGCCCCAGAUGUGGGAAUCAGAUGCACCCCAUCCAUUUCUAUUGCACUCACUGCCUUUCCCCAGUCUUGGGUCUGUUUGCUGUUUGCAUGAUGGGGUCUCUGGCCCCUCAGGGACUUGGACUUGUAUUAAUACUAGUUUCUAAGUCAUUAUGGAAAAUAAAAGAAUUUGGGGUAAAGGUUUAA